GUAUUUCUUGUUAAUGUUUCUUAUAUGGGUCUCCCGAAUUUCGCUUCCGACUAACCCCAUUUCAGUAUUCAGUAAAUCACCCAAUCGGUCAGUCAGUCAGUCAUACAUAAACGGUCGGAUUGUAAACUACGACUUUACUGAGAGUUGUCGCACGAACCAACAACAGAAACAUUUUUGCCUAAAACGUUUACAACAAUACGCUGCCAUAUAUUGGCAACCAUCGCCAUCUUCAAGUCCAUAUCGCGGAGCUGGUUCUUCGUUUUCGAUCUCCACAUCGAAAUGUUCCUCUAGAUUAUCGAAUAGAGUGUCAAAUAAUGACACAGCGCAGCAACAGUACGAAGCCCAAGGAAUAUUGAGCAAACAAAAAGUUAUUUGUAAUCAUCCAUUUCUCAUAAAGUUCCAAUACACCGAUGAGGAUAUAGGAGGUAUACAGGUCACAAAAAUGUCGAAAAGUAGUAGCAGCAACGAAAAUGGAAACAAUGAAGCUAAAAAGCCUUUAACCACCACAACAACAAAUUCUAAACCAAAAAUCCAACCCAAAUAUGAUGUUCACCGUGAUGUCUUGACCCAUGAAUUGGUCAUCAAGCAGACCGGUUAUAAUGCCCGCGAUAAAAGUAUACCCUAUGGAUUGAAAAAAUGUUGGCACAAUUGGUCCUUUUGGGCCAUGUUUGCCGGCAUUCUGCCCAUAGUACAAUGGUUGCCAAAAUAUUCACCCAAACGUGAUUUAAUAGGUGAUAUAAUAGCCGGUUUUACGGUGGCUAUAAUGCAUAUACCUCAUGGCAUGGCCUACGGCUUAUUGGCCGGUGUCUCUCCAGGCUGUGGUCUAUACAUGGCCAUAUUUCCCACGCUUGUAUAUAUGGUGCUGGGCACUUCGAAGCAUAUCUCGAUUGGUACAUUUGCGGUGGCCAGUAUGAUGACCUUGAAAGUGGUGCAAUCCUAUGCCUCCGAUGAACAAGUGAUAUCGCAGGGAGGUGAAAAUGUGAUAACGCCGCUGGAAGUGGUGACAACGCUGGCGUUUACAGUGGGACUACUGCAUCUUGCCAUGGGCUUCUUCAGACUAGGCACAUUGUCAUCCCUGCUCAGUGAUCCCCUGGUGAAUGGUUUCACAACGGGUGCAGCUUGUCAUGUUGUUACUAGUCAACUGAAGGAUGUCUUCGGGGUUACAGUGCCACGUCACAAAGGAGCAUUCAAAAUUAUCUACACCAUAGUAGAUCUGUGCGCCGCUUUGCCCAGUACAAAUGUACCUGCGCUAUUAUUCUGUUUGGGCAUCAUAGUCUUCAUGACCAUAUGCAAUGAACUGAUAAAGCCUUGCCUACGGAAAUAUUGUCGUUUCCCCCUACCCGCCGAACUAAUAGCCGUCAUUGGCGGCACCGUGAUAUCGAUGUUGGUUGAUGUUAAAAACAAAUAUGAUAUAAAGCCCGUGGGCGAUAUACCCACGGGCUUGCCAAUGCCAGUAUUACCACGCAUGGAUUUGGUGCCAGAUCUGGUAGUAGAUUCCAUAGCUAUUGCCAUUGUUACCUAUUCGAUAGUUAUGUCAUUGGGUUUGACCUUUGCCAAAAAGCAUUCGUAUGAAGUGAGGCCCAAUCAGGAACUAUUCGCCAUGGGUGUGGGCAAUAUUGUGGGAGGAUUUUUCCAAUGUAUACCCUUGGCAUGUUCGCUAUCACGAUCUCUCAUACAGGAGCAGACAGGAGGUGCUACGCAACUGGCUUCAUUGGUUUCAGCUUUGAUCAUAUUGAUAACUUUGUUUUGGGCCGGCCCGUUUUUUAGUUUUUUACCCAGAUGUGUCUUGGCUGGCGUUAUUAUAGUGGCACUUAAGCCCAUGUUCAUGCAGGCAGGAGAACUAAAGAAAUUUUCCAAACAAGGCAAAUUGGAACUGUUGACAUGGCUCUCUACAUUCAUUUGUGUGGUGCUGAUAGAUAUUGACAUUGGUCUUCUCAUUGGCGUUUGCAUAUCCCUCCUAUCGCUGUAUAUCAAAGGACUUAAGCCGUACUCUUGCCUCCUGGGCUAUAUACCAGAAGCCUCUGCUGUUUAUGUGGACAUGAAUCAUCAUCGCAAUGCCUUCGAAGUUCCUGAGACGAAAAUCUUCCGAUAUUGCGGCUCACUGAACUUUGCUACCUCCAUGUAUUUCCGCAAAGCUCUCAACAAAGCUUUGGGAAUUGAUAGUGAGAAUACCCGCAGAGCCUCCUAUAUACCACUCUCACAAAAUGGCUCCACCACCAUAAAUGGUGGCAUUACCCCGCUGCAUCAUCUGAAUUCGUCCUUCCGUUAUUUGAUAUUAGACUUUAGUAUGUUGGGUCACAUUGAUGUGGCGGGAAGUCGAGCGUUAUCCGAUGUAAAGCAUGAACUGGAGAAAAGAGGAGUUUGUACAUUUUUUGCCACACCCACUGAUCGGGUGUACGAUUGUUUGGUGCAUAGUAUGGUGCUGGGUGAGGGACCCUUCGAAAUGUUCCCCACAUUACAUGAUGCUGUGGAGUAUGCCAAUGCUUGUCGCCUGGCGUGAUAUUUAGAAUAUAGAACAAAUACUACUACUACAACUACUACUACCACUACUACUACCACUACAAAAGGCUUAAUGAAUACGUGACAAAUUGUUCUCAUGACAAUUUUUUUUAACAACAUUACAAUUAAAUAAAGUAAUGUAAAACAAAACCGAAAUUUAGUUCUUAACUACUACAACAUCAACAAAAUAUGUCUGUUAAAUGAAUUUUGUAGGAAUUGUGUAAAAGAAACUAA